GGCUACUAUAUAAAAUGAAACCAAAUAGUUCGAUUCUUCAAUAGUUUUUUCGAAUCGCUUUAAGAUGUACAAAGUUGCUCUCCUGUUGGCGUUCGGAUUAUUUGCCGCGGUUUAUGCUGUGCCCUCGACAUAUGAUAAUGAGUAUACAUGGGUGACUGGAAAUCUGUCGAUUACCGUGCCAGCUAAUGCUGUGAUUGGAGGAUUUGAUCCCUAUGGAUACUACACAUAUAUAGGACGCGUUAUUUAUUCUACCAACAUUCUGCCUGCUCGUGUUGUUGCCGAAAAAGGCAUUGCCUACUUCAACACAGAUACUGUGAGCUACAGGUUGGUUAACUAUCAGCUGCUACUUGCCGAGGAUAACGUCUCCUUCGAGUGGAUUCGCAGCUUCGAUGGUUACCAGGAGAGGAAUGCAGUUUCUGUGGGAACAACACAUUGGAAUGAAAAUGUUUAUAUGUGCCGUGCCAAGGCCGAUGGUGGUUUGUUAGUUGGAACUCUAUUUCUAUCCCGGAAGGUGUGCAUUAUCAAGAACGAGGAUUUGCCCCUGCGUCAAUUCGAUAAGUACGAGAUUCUCGUCGCCAGAUCAAAGAUCAAUGGAACAGUCUGUUAAUUGAAUCGUAUUUAA